AAAUGAUUGACGUAUAAAUAAGUUCUCUCUAACAAAAUAGAGAUAGAUCAUUCAUCAUCAUAGUGAUAUUGAUAUUGAUGGCUAAUGCAAGCUACAUGAUGAUGAUUCCCCUUUUUCCACCUUUAAUAAAAGAAAAGGGAUUCACUGAAGCAGGUAUAGGAAUCAUUAUGUGUUUUUACCCACUUGGAUGUAUAUUGGCCUCUUGGAAGUUGGGUAAAAUACAUAGCUCUAAAAAAAUGAUAUUAUAAGGUUUGAUGGGAUAAUUGAUAAUAUCCAUUAUUUUAGGGAUAUCAUAUUUUUUGAAUGGAGCUCUUUUUUUUAUCCUCUCCUCAUUUUUAAGAUUCAUUUAAGGAAUUGUAUAAUUAUAUAUUAAAUAUUUAGUCGAACACCAUGAUUUAGGUUCCUUCAUAUUCGAUAACUGGACAUUUAUUUUCAGAACAAGUUUCAGAGAAAAUUGCCAAAUUAGAAAUGGCAUGUAAUUUUGGUUUAGUUUGUGGUCCUUUAAUAAGUGGUGUAUUGUACAUUUUAGCAGAUAUCUAUAACUUUAACACUUUUUAAUAUUCCUUGUAUUUGGUGGCAUUUUUAUACUUUUUAAUUACUAUUAGUGUAAUAUUGUUUUUGGAUGAAAGGAUAUUCAAUAUCAAUCAUGAACAAGAAGAAUCAUAAAUCAAUUAUUAUGAAGUAUUUUAGAUUCAUGAAUUGAAUAUUACCUUUACUUCAUAUUUCUUUUUAGGAGUUGCAGCAUAGGCAUUACGUACUUAUUUGGUAAUAUACAUUAAUUAAUUUUAGUCUGUGUAAUUAUUAGAAGUAUACAAUUUAGACGAUGCAAAUUCUUAAUUCCUAUUUAUGAUAUAUACUAUUGUAAGUUUUUUUGGAGCAUAUUAUGUUGCUGAAUAAAAACAUUAUACUCUUAAUUAAUUAUACACCUAUUGUCUUUAUAUUGGGGCAAUUAGUCUUUUAUUGUAUGGUCCAUCUUAGAUAGGAUUACCACAAUCUAUUUAUAUAAUAUGUUUUGCUGAUAUUAUCAGAGGAAUAGGAAUUGGAUCAGCGUAAUUAAUUAUAUAAAUUUUUAGACCUGCUAUUAUGAUGCCAUUGAUUGUAUAAAUUAUGGAGAAGAAUAAACAUAAGGAUUAAGCAGCUGAAAUAGGUUCAACUCUUUUUAUUGCAGGUUGGUCAUUAGGAGAUUUAAUUGGACCUAUUAUUGGAGGAAUAUUUAUUGAUCAAGUUGGUUUUGAUAAAACUAGUGUAAUAAUGAGUGGAGCAUUAUUUGUAAUAGGAUUCAUAUAUUAAAAAACCAGUCAUAUUGAUUAAUAAUAAGAAGCAAUAGAGAUGUAAAUUCUCAUUCAUUGAUUU